GUCAAACGCUUUCAAUCUGGCGGGGUUUAUUUGUGACCCUCGAUCGGUCAAUGGCCAGUAGCAAUCCAUCCGUCCGUUCAAAUCCCUCUCUGGGAAACGGACGAAACGGGAGAGGCGCGGAAAACCCCCACCCCCCAAAUCGGAGCGCGGAGGCGCCGACCAAGAAACCCUACGCCGCUUGGGCGGCGAUGAUGGAGGCGGCGCCGGACGAGGAGGCCGGGCUGGCGCUCCCCGAGGGCGAGCGGAUUCUGGAGGUCACCCUCAUCUCCGCGCAGGGGCUGAAGCCUCCCUCCGGCCUGCGGCGGCGGCUGCUGCAGGCGUACGCCGUGGCGUGGGUGGACGCGGCGCGCAGGCUCCAGACGCGGCCGGACCGCGCGGGCGGGGUCGACCCGGAGUGGCACGAGCGCCUCCUCUUCCGCGUCCACGAGGCCGCGCUCGCCGACGACUCCCGCGCCGCCGUCACCGUCGAGAUCUACGCCGCGCCCGCCGGCGGCUGGCACAUCGGGGGGGACUCCCUGGUCGGCUCCGCCCGGUUCCUGCUCGGCGACCACGGCCUCCUGUCCCGGCCCGUCGGGUCCCCGUCGAUGUUCGCCGUCGGUGUGCGCCGCCCCUCCGGCCGCGUCCACGGCCUCCUUAACGUGGCGGCCAGUCUCGUCGCCGCGCCGCCGUCCCCGGCAGCUGCCCACGCUCUCCGCUCAUCCCCCGCCGUCUCCCUCAGCGGCCUCUCCACGGCGCCCAUCCCAGCAGGCCGCGUGCUCCGCGUCCUCAACCGCUCGUUUCCGACGCCCCCACCCUCUCCGACGGUUCUUACGACCAAGAAGCAGCAGAUUGCAGCCAAGCCGAACAAGAAGUGCGCUGACAAGCUGGACGUUGCGGUGAAGCUGAACAAUGGCGCAGAUGAUCGGAGCGAUGAGGAGCGUGAGGAGUUGAGAGAGAUGGGCGGGGUGGUGUUUUGCGGGCCUUGUAUCCUACCAUUACCAAGAAAGAUCCACAUAAGCCCCUCUGACGAGAACCUGCAGGCCUUUGCUAGCAUCUUCUCCGGCGGAGUUGGCAUUACCAGACAGAGCCCUCGCCAUUGAGGAGUCCAGGCAUUUAAUAGGUUCGGUUCUUUCAGUUGAUUCCUUGUGGAGAUAGCCUGUUUCUUCUUGUUGUGGAAAAUUAGUUUCUUAACCAUGAGGAUAUAGUGCUGAGUUGUAUUAUAGCAUCUAUUGUUGUUACUGCAAAUAUGUCUCACUGAUUCUUUUUUGUGUGAAUCAAUGGAAUUAUAGAAUUAUAGUGCCACAAUGAAUAGCGCGGAAUCAUUUUGUUAUCUGCUAUGCUCAAAGAACCUCAAUUUAAGGUUUGAAGAUUUCGUUUGAAGCAAUAUAAGCCUGAAUGCCUGAGUAUUUCCACUCA